CAGUCUGUAAUAUUAUUAUUUCGUAAAUAAUUUUGUUCUUAUUGUUUUCUCAUCGUAUUGUUAUCGUAAGUUUUAUCAAAUAAUUUGUAAUGCCGUGGGGCUGGGAGUGUAGGGCGAAGUUAGUAAAGCAAUUGCCAGCUAAGCCCACCAAGCGGCGAGGGGACUCUGGAGACGCAACGGCGCCCGGCCCGCAACAAUAUGAGGUGCCCGAGCUAUAUUGUGGAAAAGGACACGGGCACAUCAAGCGCGCGCCAGCAUAUUCGUUCGGACUGGCAAUACCGGCCAACUUACUCAAGCCCGCCGCCUGUCCUAACGCACCAGUUUUCAACGUACGAGGGUAUACAAAAAAAGGUACGUCAAGAAUCCCCGGUGGAGUUGUGGGUCCAAAACUCGAGCCUAUAGAGGACCGCACAAGCAAGCCGGGCCCGGGUGCGCACACACCCGGCAACGUGCGCCACAAGCGCGCGCCGGCGUACACGUGCCAGCCGCCCGCGCGGCCCGCGUACGUGGCGUGGGAUAUGUGGACGUGCCCGCCUAAUAUGUACUGGCCUUAUAUACCGCUCAAAAAACCCCCAGCGUAUUCCCUUGGCUAUGCAGCGAGAAAUCUUACUCCUGCUUCCAUACCCGGGCCUGGGGCACACGAUCCCAACUUCACUUACCCUCAAAAGAAUCAACCAGCCUAUUCUUUCGGCCACCCGUUCCGGCCUGUGCCACCGCCCGACUGCCCUCCACCCAACAACUACUGCGAGAGAAAGUUCAUGGUGCAGAAGAGGACGGUUCCGGCACCUUCCUUUGGCAUUCGCCAUACUCCGUAUUUGGGAGAGUUCCCGGCACACCUCAAACCCUCCAAGCUAGAUCUCGUUGUCAACACAGGAACGUAGGAUCGUCCUUCCUACCCACAACCUAAAGCAUACGGGUACUCCAGUGAACGUAUGGUGCUGAGACAUAUCGCGUUGGUGGCGGCGUAAGUAGCUAAAUAUCUGCAUGAGGCUUGCACUCGUAUGGAAUGCAGAUCCGCGUACGAGGAAACUAUUUGAAAAAAAUGAUCGCGGCACACACGAGAUUAAUCCGUCCCGAUUAACCGCCGCCCGCACGUUGACCUGAGAUUGUGCGCUUUAAGCGAGUCGUGCAUGUGUUGCACUAAUUAGUGCGCAAACGUGUACGCAGAGAGCGCGAACGUGCCACAUUCGCUAAAUCUGGACGAAGCAUAAUACCGGCCGGGCCCUUCGUACAAAUAUAGUAAGUACAUUGUGCAACGAGGGGGGUAAGCGAAAUUUUGUAAACGAGGUAUACAAUUCCCGACAGCCGCAGGCUGGAGAGAAUUAAAGACUCGAGUAAUAUUCAUACUCCCGGAGUUACACACAAUGUUUUUCAUCACACUUGCGAAGAAAAAAACUAAAUUUUAAGCCAAAUAAUUAAAGUUAGACCAAGAAAAGUCUGCAAUGAUUUUCAUAGCACCUACACAGUGCAAGUGAUAUAAAUUUAUACGUCAUAAUUACAUAGAAGUUAGGCGUUUAAAAUAACAGUUGCACUACGUGUGCUAUCAAAAUCGUUGCAGAGUUGUCUUGGUCUAACAGUACGGUGACAUUUCAAACAUUAGUCCACCAUAUGGUCAUUUCUUGACAGGUUAGGCAUCGAAGGCACAGACCUUCGGCAUUCGAUCAGCCACGAUUGAAAAUUAAGCAGAAAUAUUUUAAACGAUUCAAUUAAUCAAAUUAUUUUUUUUAAACAUAAACAAAAAUAUUAAAUUGUAAAUGCAAGUAUUUUAAAAGUAAUGAUCGCUUAUACCUUGACUUUAAACAAAUUAUUUUACUUACGACCUACUUGGUUCGUAUGAAUUAGUGACAUAACAUACUUAAUUAAAAAAGAAAGCUGCCUUUACCCUUCAGUACACCUGCAUGAAAUAAGAUAUUUUCCGAGCAAGUGUGAUUUUUAUGCUAAUGCAUAAUAAUUUCUAUGCUAAUAUCAUAAUUAUAAUCUCUAACUCCUGUAGCCACCUUCAUGUGUGUAUAAUAUGAAUUAUUUUACAUUAUUAUUAGUUUCCAAUUAUUAUUUGUUUUUAUAUAUUUUAACUUCUGUUUUUCCCGUACUUACACAAAACAAUUGUGCUUCGAGCAUUGAAGCGAAACCAACGCGUAGAAUCCCUUUCUACAAUUUAAUGAAUGAAAGGGAUACACUCAUUAUGAUAUAGGUAUUAUUUUUGUAUUAUAUAUAUAGAUUAAUCUUUUUAAUAUAGAUAUUAUUUUUGUAUUAGUUAUACUAUUUAUAGGUAUAUAGAUUUAAAUAAAUGUAAUAAAUCAUCAAAAUCUAA